AAAGUCUCCUCGACCUCCUCGGGUUCGGAUGCAACAAAUUCUGGCCCCGAGAGCUCGGAAAUAUCUGUGAUAAGUCCCUUGCUAAAGGUGCGCAAGGCCUUGGACGUCGCCAUCUCGGAAGUAGACAGGGUACUGGGUGCCUGCGCCGCUGAUCACGACCCGGAUGAUGAUGAUGAUUUGGAGGCGGAAGAAUUGGAGCAGUGCCGUUUGGCAAGCCAAAAGUUUGUCGAAGAAGAGCUUGAACGUCGUUUCUGUCGCCUCAGAGCCCUCCUCGGUCUGGAGCCUGUUGGUGUGAACUCUGCGCUUGCCAAGAUGCUUAUUGCAAACAUGGCUGAACGCAUGUCUUCCCAAAUUCGCCUGGCUGUAUCCGACUCCCUACCCGAGAGUAAAGAUCUGGCUCGUCUUAUUUCGGAACUUAUAAGCUCAGAGAUACAGCCUGACUCAAUGACUGUUUCCGCCGCGGAUCCCCCUCUUAGCUGUCUUCGGUGA